CAAACUUGUAGAAGACGAAUAUUGACGGAAAGAAGUGGGUUCGUUAUCGUAUACACUAACUUUGGGCCAAUAUUGUAAAAGCCCAAUAGGCCCAGUGUAAACGUGCGCAGUAGAGCACGAGUCAGUCAGUGUGACGCAAGCAAAACCUCUGCAAGAACCCUAAAACCUUCCGAAGAUCGAAAGGAAACGGGAAAGAGAGAAAUGGGGAAAAUUCCGUCGUCGUUUCGCUCUCUGACGUCGACGCAACUGGUGAAGAAACCCGCAGCGCCUCCUGCAGCGCCGCCGAGGGAUUUUCGCAACGGAAUCGCCGGGAGAGAAUCCGCGAAACCUUCCGAGGACAGUCGGGAGCCCCUGAGGAAUCCUUUCAAGUCCCCAGAUCUAUCUGAUGCCAAAUCCCUCUUCAAUUCGAUCGCCGCCACUUCGAGGAUCCCUCUCGACCUCAAAUUCCACAACUCCGUCCUCCAAUCCUACGCCUCGAUCGCCGCCGUCGACGACACGGUGAAAUUGUUUCAGCACAUCCGGAAAUCUCAGCCUGGUUUCUCUCCGGAGCCUUCUACUUUCCAUAUCCUGCUCUCCCACGCCUGCAGAGCUCCCGAUUCGUCUCUCUCGAGUGUCCAUCAAGUCCUCAACCUCAUGGUGAACAGUGGCGUUGCGCCUAAUCAAGCGACCACCGAUAUCGCCGUCCGGUCUCUCUGCGAAUCGGGUCGGGUCAGUGAAGCCAUGGACUUGAUGAAGGAGCUCACAAAGAAGCACGCGCCUCCAGACGCAUAUACUUACAACUAUCUUCUGAAGCAAUUGUGCAAGUCUGGGCCUUUGCUUUUUGUUUAUGAUUUCAUCGACGAGAUGUUGAAAGAUUAUGAGGUGAAGCCAGACCUCAUCAGCUUCACAAUCUUGAUUGAUAAUGUCUGUAACUCUAAGAAUCUGAGGGAGGCAGAGAACUUAGUCAGUGCCUUGCGUCGUGCUGGGUUUAAGAUGGAUUGUUUCGCCUAUAACACCAUCAUGAAAGGCUACUGCACAAUGAGCAAAGGGAGCGAGGCGGUUGGUGUUUACAAGAAGAUGAAGGAAGAAGGUGUUGAGCCUGAUCGUGUUACUUACAACACUCUGAUAUUCGGAUUGUCAAAAUGCGGGAGAGUUGAGGAAGCGAGGAAGUAUAUGGAAACCAUGGUAGAAUCGGGGUAUGAGCCAGAUGCUGUGGCUUACACGUCGCUGAUGAACGGGAUGUGUAGAAAAGGCUUGACUUUAGGUGCGUUGAGCUUGCUAGGAGAGAUGGAAGCAAAAGGGUGUGCCCCAAACGACUGCACCUACAACACUCUGCUUUAUGGGAUGUGCAAGGCGAGGCUAUUGGACAAAGGGAUUGAGGUUUAUGGGUUGAUGAAAUCAAACGGCGUAAAGCUUGAGAGUGGUGCUUAUGCCACGCUUGUGAAGACUCUGGUUAGGAGUGGGAAGGUCGCAGAGGCUUAUGCAGUUUUUGAUUAUGCAGUUGAGAGCAAGAGUUUGACAGAUGCUUCUGCGUACUCCACGCUUGAAACUACCUUAAAAUGGCUGAAAAAGGCGAAAGAGCAAGGCUUGGCUGUUUAAAUUGUUGCUUGAGAGAUCAGCAAAAUAACAAUUGUGUUGACAACUAGGCACACCGGUUCGAGGUAAACCAUUCAAGAAUAUCUGAGCUUAUGCCACAUUUGUGAAGGCUCUGGUUAGAAGUGGUAAGGUCGCGGAGGCUUAUGAAGCUUUUGUUUAUGCAGAGAGAGUUGAUAACAAUUGUUUGAUAGAUGCUUCUGCUUACUCUACACUUGAUACCACAUUGAAAUGGCUAAAAAAAUUCGACUUUCUUCUUUGGGUAAAUCCUGUUUCUUUUGUGUAUACUCGAAAGGAUUGAAUUUGAAUACGUUAUAUCAAAAUGAACAUUUAAUUCUUAAGAGAACCAAUAUUGAUUAAUCAUUAAUGACAAUAGGUUGUUUAACUAUGUUGGUAAUAUUAUUAUGAGCUGAGAUCUUUAAAGUGAUUAUUGGUUUAUAGAUCUUGCUUUGACCAUUUACGCG